UUACGACUGGCCUUGCAAAUAUUAACUGACAAUCGAAGCGGAAGCAGUGUAUUUUCAUUCGAUCAAUUACAGUAACUAUCAAAUCACUCAGUCAGAUCUCCGCUUUAUUAUCUCAGGACCUACAGAGAGAGAGAGAGAGAGUGCUUGUGCGGAAGAAGAGGGAUUAAGAAGAUGUCGAGGAGACCUGGGGCUUGUUUAAGAUGUUGUCUGGUGAUAUUUGCAGUAGCUUCAGCUUUAGCAGUGUGUGGACCUGCUCUUUAUUGGAGAUUCAAGAAGGGUGUUUUGUCGGCUCACUCUAAAACCUCUUGCCCGCCUUGUGUCUGUGAUUGCCCUCCUCCUGUUUCGCUUCUCAAGAUUGCUCCUGGGUUAGCCAAUCUCUCAGUUACAGAUUGUGAAAGUAGCGACCCUGAAGUCAAGAAGGAGAUGGAAAAGCAGUUUGUGGAUCUUCUGACAGAGGAGUUGAGGCUGCAAGAGUCUGUUGCUGAAGAGCACAUGCGGCAUAUGAACAUCACCUUUGGUGAAGCUAAAAGGGUGGCUUCUCUGUACCAAAGAGAGGCAGAAAAAUGCAAUGCUGCGACAGAAACCUGUGAGGAAGCCAGAGAGUGGGCUGAAGCUUUGCUGAUCCAGGAGAGGAAAGUGACUGUCAUGUGGGAACAACGAGCACGCCAAAUGGGUUGGGAAGGUGAAUAAUUCCUUGUAUAAUAUAUGCAAGCAACAAGCAAAUUGCUUGAAUUGGCUUGUGAAGCUGGAGUUUCAGUGUCACACUUGUAUUCUCUUUCAGUUGUAGUAUUAUUGUUCUGGGAUAAAAUAGUAUCCAUCAAUUUUCCUUUGUAAUUGACAUGCUGUGGAUUACACCCAGUCCCACCAACAUAUUUAUUAUAAUAUGAUCUUCUAUAUACUUUCUUUGAUA